GUCCCGAGUGGGUUCUUCUGAGAGAGGGCGGAGGACUGGUCUGAUGCGAUGACAGCAGUGACGACUUUGGCCGAAUGCUGGCUAAAAGCGCUGCUAACGCUGGUGGCUUUGGCGCUGUCGGCCAAUGUCAUCGUGGGCCCGUCCGUGCGCUGGCGUCCGGUCUUCGUCUCCGGUCUUCUCGUGGCGAUCGUAAUUUGCGAGUACUACUACCUCUUCUUCGCAAUUGUCAAAGUUCCCACAGAUUGGGCUUCGAGGAGGGGAGCGUCGAUCGAGAGAUGGGACUGCCUACAGAGUACCAAGGGAGGGAAGAGGGCGGACAGUUCCGGCAGCUCUUUCGACAUAAACCCGUGCUUCUGCCCCUUCGGCGCCUUCUGCAAGAACUUGACCUCAGGCGAAUGGGUCGACCCGUCGGUGUGCCCUAAGGAUGGGACGGCUCUCUGCUGGGAUAUCAACCAUACACCGGUGAACUUGUACAUAAAGAGCACGCGGGAUUGCACCGCCGCUCAGGGUCCGAGUUGCUCCUUGGCCGCGCCAUGCACCCCUUGCGGUCUCGACACCUUAGAGGGGUAUAUCAAGGCGAGCGGGGGUGACGCGAACAGCAACAACGCUACCGACGGGGUGUCGAGGUGUCGCAGCUGCGGGGCGGGCAACAGCGGCGCCUGCAACUUCGUUAUCGGGGAGGGGCCUUACUGCUGGAAGGAGCCGGGGUCCCGGGAGGUGGAGCCGUGCUCGGUCUGCUGCACAGAGCCGGAGGCCUUGUACCUGAACGGCACGUGCUACUGAUGAUGAUGGUCAUGACGACGGUCGGUCAUGAUCAUGAUGGCCAUUCACCAUGGCGGUCGGUAGAUCGAUCACGGGGUGGAAAUUAUAGUAUUAGAUGGUUUUGAUGCAGCGCUCGAUAGCUGGGGACCGCGCUGAUGUUGAGGAACAACUGUAAAACAAUGCGCAAACAGAGAAGAGGGAAAUGCUUCCUUCUUGUAUGCCACCGGAGUAUUCAUGAGACUUGCGACUUUUCAAGUGUUCCAAUAAGACAGACAGACAUGCCACCCUUUGCUGGACACACACAGCGGGAUCGAGAGAGAGGGAGCGGCACGUGGUAUGUAAAAAUUUGUAGAUACAAUCUGUCAAGCUCCUUCUACUUUUUCUGGACGUAGCAUGCGUUCUGUCGUAUAAGUAGAAUAAUACAUUACAUAACACGUUUUGGUCGGGGCCACACAAGAAAAAUAAACGUUUGCACACU